CAGAGCUGUGUCCUUAGUAGUGACGUAUCCAGAAGUAUUGCUCUUUCCACGUUUGGAAAAAAGGAUUUCUCAAAAUCUUUGUGUUUAUUGAGUGUGAAGUUCAGAUAAUAUUAUAUUACUAGGACUUAACAGUCCCUGGAUAAAUUUAAAUCGUAGUUGCUUCUAGAGGAAAUGAAACUUUCUGAUGCUGGCUCUGGCUAGCCUCUUCUCUCCCGAAACUCCUGAGCUGGAAUAAAAUGACCCGCGAACUCGACGAAGACCGUUACCGACACGACCGCAGAGCCAAGUCGUGCGUCUGCCACCUGAACAGCCUGUCGAGCUUGUCGUACUGCGUGCUGAGCGUGGGCCUGAGUGCAUACGUCAUCGCCAGUGAGGUGCUGCGGUUCCUUCGUUACCUCGAGCUGCCCUGGCCACGGGGAGCCUUCCCGAACUUCGAGGUCAACCUUCAUCUCGCCCUGGUGGGUAUCGCGGCUGUGCUGCUGCCUUUCUUCUUCUGCUGCGCGGUGCUGAAGGUGGGCAACCUCGCCAACGAUGGCUACCGUCUGGGCACCCACGACGGCGCGUGCUCUAAGGACCCUCCGCCCAUCCCGCGCCCCAAGGGGGGGCUUUGGAUGCACGGGGGGCCCGUGGCUCCCCUCCUGCACCUCGUGCUUGCACAUGCACUCCUCAUGGCCAAAAUGAUCCUUGAGACCACGGCCGUGCAGCAGAAUUUCCUACCUCAAGACCACGUGUGGCGGUCUGAACUGGCCGCCUUCCUGCCGGAGCGGGAGCGUCUGUCACGGUUCUGGAUGCUGGUGAACCACGCGUUUAGACCUCUGCACGGACAUGAGCCUCCCGACCCUCACAACUCGAGUAUGGAUGGUCUGUUGUACACGCAGCCAGACCUCAUCGUGCCGGACGCGCGCCCCACCGCCCCCGGGGACCAUAACCUCACAGACGCGGGUGCGGUGCGCGGGCGGGACGGUGUGGACCUAUGGCACGUCGUGGGGGUACCGUGGGGUCCUGUAUCCCCACAUCUUGUCAAUUAUAUCGUGGCACAUCUCGUAUAUGCUGGAAGGUACGCGGGCGUAUUCUGGGGCACGAACAAGGCGUUCGGCUUGCUGAUGUUCGGCCAGCUGCUUGUUAACGCGCUCCACAAUCUGCUCUCCCUGAACGGCUACCAAGUGCUCUAUAAAGUACGAUGUGUGGACCCUGAACGAGUGCUGGCCGAGCUCGACGGUUUCAUCAUGACCGUACCCGUGACUGUCUCGGUGUUCACGGCCACCCAGGUACUCGUGUUGCUGUCGGGAUGCAUUGUCUACCAGUACGGCUGGACGAAAUUCCAACACUUCAUCGCGUCAGAGAAAGAAAAAUAUCACAUCAUGAGCAAGUACGGAUAUGAGGUGCGAUGCGGUUACUUGCCACAUGGCGUUGCGCUGCUAUGGGUGUUGGCAGUGACGGGGUGCACGGCGCCGUUGCUACACGACUGGGUGGUCGUAUACACGGCCUCAUACGACACCGCAGCUCUGGCCGCCACCCUUGCCUGUCUGGUGCACAUCCUGCUCUGGGUGCUGCUCUGGAUGGCGCUUACGCUUAAGUCGUGGUGGGUGUUCAAGGUGCGGGUCCUGAUAAGCCAGGCCACCGUGGCGGGGCCACACUCCAUCAGACUGGUGAACGAGGUGCAACUCACGGGACAGCUGGAGGGCGCGAACUCGCCUCUUCUGGUGGUGGGCGCCGGCAAGACGUACCUCAUUCAAGACCAGGACCCAAAGCGCGCCCUCAUGAAGACUGUGAUGGGGGCGGUGGCUGAGAAGAAGGCCGCAGGGCAAGAGGAUGAGAUUUACUGGGUCAUGCCACAGGCCUUGCAGCAGCAACUGCAGCAUCAGCAACAACAGCAGCAGUUAUUGCAAAAGAAAAAUCUGACGAAGUGCAACAAAGAAGGAAACUCUUCAAAACAAAAAAGCAAGCGGCACUCACGCCGCAGCGGCGGCCGCCCCCAAGACGCGUCGGACUCCGACCACGCGCACGACAGCGACUCGGAAUACGCGCGUCUACGCGACGUCUCCUUCCCUGGGCCGUCACGACGCAGCGUUGCUUCCAACAUCGCUGCCGUUCCUCAGGACUGCGUGGAUAUUUCGAAGCAUGGGGAAGGAAUGCGGGGGAAAGGAGAUCGCAAUAAUGACGGCGAGGAAUUCCCCAUACCUCCUCCCCCUGAGUGCGCUGAGUCACACAUUCACUGUCCUUCUUCACCUACUCCUCCUCCUCCGCUGCCUCCUCCCAUGGAAGAAGAGCCGCCACACCACAGCCUCUCACGCCACCACUCUCACCACACACACAACAACACUCAUCACUCUCAUCACCUACAGCAUGAGGAGGAAGAUCAGCCUCCACCACCUCCACCACCACUUCACCAACCAUCAUCUCCUCCGUACCACUUACAAAAGUUGAGCCAAAUUAGCCCGUCUGAAGGCAUGCAACAGAAACAGCCGACCCUCAAACAGCAACAGGAGCACCAACAGGGGAACAUGGUCAACAGAUGUGCAUCUCCACCUGUUGCCGCGACACAUCCCAAGAUCCGAAUCGUGAAAGGAGAUUCUCUCGAGGCUUCCCCAGACCAUCCCGUAUGUUCCCCAUCACCCGCGUCAUCCGUCACUCCUUCCGACAAACGCUGUGAUUCCGGUAUACAUUCACAAGCGUCGACGUCAUCCUCAUCGGGCACUCAUUCCAAGUCCGGCUCGUCGGGCUCAGAAGACUGCGUGCCUCUUCCACCACCUGCCAUGGAACCUCUCGAAAUCCAGUCGAGAAACUUGUCCACAGUUCUUCCACUGCCACCUCCACCUGAACUCGUCGACUUGCCGCCGCCACUCACAAACAGCGUCUUGCUGCGAUGUUCAAGCGUCGAUGAACUUUGCACCGUGCCAAGUUCUCCUCCUCCACCGGCACCAUCAUCUGCCAAGACGAUGUCGCUUCAAAGGAAUCAAUCGCCUCCCUCUGAUGAGAGACACAAGAAAUUUAACAUAGAAGUCGUUGGUGAUGGCUAUGGCUUUCUACCUCCAUCUAAAUUCGUUUCCUCCGAACCAAUUUACAGUGAUGCUUCCACUCCAGUUGUUAUUCGUAGACGAAGCUCAAUAACUGCGAUAGAGCCUGACACGCCUCCGUACGAGCGCUCGGCAGGAUCUUUCAGCACGUUCACCGAGCCUCUACCAGCCUUGCCGUCCCUGCCGCGGUGCCUGACCAGGGGCAAUAGCGGUGGCUCACACAUGCUUGCUUCUGUCAAUCCUUUUCCUGGACGGGGAGGCAUUUACGCUCGUGGCUUAGGUUUGAAGAAAAUGGAGCACAAACACGCAACCAUUGCGGCUACCGGUGCCACUAACUCCAUUAAAGGCUUCCACCAUCCUGACCAAGUCGAUCCUCGGUACUUCAGCGUACCAUCAGCCAGAGCUCCAGCAGGUGAACUACUGAGCAAGUUCAGGUCCGAACUCCCCGGGACGGAGGAGUAACCCCUCCGCCUCUGCACACACGAGCCCCGACUGGACAUGAAGCGGAUUAAACACUUAUCUAAUGAUUACUGUACUUUAAUACUCCGCUAUGCGUGACUAAAGCCCUGGGGCCAUACUUUCAAAACUCGCAAAGUGAACGUAAGU